AUGCAGUGUGUGUGGAAUUGCCAAAGAACUAUACUGAACUGGUUCUACAACUACGGUUACUUCCUGGCCAAGCACCCAUAUUGUUUUCUGAUCUUCCCGAUCAUCAUCUGUGGAGGACUGGCCAUUGGAUUCGUCAAGCUGGACCCCAAGGAAGGACUUGAAUAUCUGUAUGCGCCCAGUAGAUCUAGAGCUAUUGAUGACCGAGAGGUUGUCAGGCGGACAUUUGUGGACAUGUCUGACUACAACUACAACCCGUUUAGUCUCAAUGAGUUGAUCCCAGAAGCGCAGAUCAUUUUUAGAAGUAAAGACAUACAAGCCAUUCUAACAGAUGAGGUGAUGGAGGAGUUGACACACUUCUACAAAACGGUGACUACAAUGAAUGUGACAACAAUGGGAAAAACCAUCACUUUCGACGAUGUCUGCAAGAAGCAAAGCAGUGGUAAAUGCGUAACAUACGGAGAUUUCGUCUUUGAGAAGGGUUUCCUAGACAAGGUCAAAGCAGAGAAUGUUACUUACCCUACCUGGGCAGAACAAACUGGUACUGAUAUGACACUCAUCUUCGCUGAAGUUGGUCUCAGUCUCUCCGAUGACAUGGCGGAGGACAUGGGGGAUACUUUAUCUGCGAUUCUGGUAUCGGCCGGGUCGCUGAAGCUAACUUUUCCCCUAAAGGGAACUGACGAGGCUAUGGCUUGGGAGACGGCAUUUGCUGACCACAUUCGGGAAACGAAAUUCAAAGGUGUCGAGGUGGCAUACAGUACCUCAAACUCCAUGAGUGAAGAACUAGAGAAAGGCACACAGGGUGACAUACAUUUCUUCGUUCUGACCUUCACAUUAAUGAUUGCGUUUGCUUCUAUCGUCAGUUCAGGAGGAGACUGCGUGUCUUCACGUGUGCUGCUGUCCUGCACGGGAGUUGUGGGAGUUCUCUUCGGGAUUAUCGGAGCUUUUGGCUUGGUGACUCUGUGUGGAGUGAACUUUGUUAGUAUCGUUGGCACCAUGCCGUUCCUCACUUUAGGUAUAGGAGUGGAUGACAUGUUUUUGCUGAUGAGCAGCUGGAGCGAGACACUGUCAAUAACUGACCUAACGAUCCCAGAACGUAUUGGAACAGUCUACAGGAAGGCAGGCAUUGGUAUCACUAUCACUUCAGUGACAGACUUCCUGGCGUUUGCAAUUGGAGCAUCCAGUAUAUUUCGAAGUGUACGCAACUUUUGUAUUUAUACAGGUGUUGGCGUUCUUCUCUGUUACAUCUGCAAUGCCUGCGUGUUCGGCGCCUGCCUGACGUUCCAUGCGCGUCGUGUGUACUCAAAAAGGCACAUUUUCACCUGCCGAAAGGUAAACAAGUCCCGACAAGAUCUACGGGAUGAAGGAGCCAACUGCUGCAGAAUUCACCUGUGUGGAGGUGACAUCCCCACCACUGCGGAUGCCGACCAGAGCUUGUGUGAACAGGGCCCGAGGAAGGUGUUAGUCAAAGUUAUUCUAUGGCGCCCAAUGAGAUACAUCAUCCUGGUAGCGUUUGCCGGAUACCUGGCCGUGGCCAUAUGGGGCUGCACCAAGCUAAAGCAAGGGCUGGAACUGAAAAACUUGGCGCCUAAAUCGUCUUACUUCCAUAUAUUUCAGGACUGGGAUGACGAGGACUUCGGGAUCAAACUGCCGGUCAGUUUUGUGACCACAAAAACCAAGGACUACACGAAGCCUGAAACACUCCAGGAAAUGAAAGACUUGAUACAGAAGGCCCAAGAAGAUCCACUGAUUGUACCUCAAAUCAGCAUCUGUUGGCUGACGAUGCUGGCAGACACAGAUCUGUACAACACGACGAGCCAGGAUGCAUUCUACUCAGGCCUGCAGAAGUUUCUCAGGCUAAAUGCUUAUUUUGAAAAUGACAUUGUGUUUGGACCGAACAAUUCUAUCACGGCCUCCCGAUGUCACGUGUAUUCUUAUGCGGUUACCGAAUCGACAUCCCAAGGCAAUCUGAUGACACACAUGCGACAAAUUGCAGACGCCUCGCCUGCAGAUGUCUUUGCAUAUCAUCCUGCCUUUGUUUUGUUUGAGCAAUUUGUUGUCAUCCUGCCGGACACACUGCAAACUGUGGGGGUGACCAUUGCAGUAAUAUUUCUGGCUACCUGCGUCUUCCUGCCACAUCCUAUGAUGGUCAUCCUUGUGACGGCGCAAGUAUUCAUGAUUGCUGUGGGUAUAUUCGGCUUUAUGGCUCACUGGGACCUGACAUUGAGUUCCAUAACCAUGAUUGAGCUUAUCAUGAGUGUUGGAUUCUCUGUGGAUUUCUGUGCGCAUGUCUGUACCGCCUACAUGGUAUCCGAGGAGCAGACUAGAGAAGACCGGGCAGAAGACGCCAUUAUUCACGCUUCUGGACCUAUCCUCAAUGGAGGCGUGUCUUCAAUCAUUGGAGUCAUCAUGCUUCUGUUCACAGAAUCUUACAUUUUUCAGUCGUUCUUCAAGAUCAUGCUUCUGGUAAUCGGCUUUGGCGUUCUUCACGCCGUGUUUCUGGUUCCUGUUAUUUUGUCGUUCAUAGGUCCGAGCGCGCAUGUUCAUUUGGAACCGGAUGUUCAUUCUAUUAAGGAAAAACACAAGGGUUCUGUCGUUUCUACGUCUUCUCACAUAGGAAAUGGUGCUGGAAAGGCAGAUAAAAAUGGUAUUAAACUAGAAAGAUUAGGGCUGGGUUCUGAUUUUCCCACUGAACAGACUGGAAAAGACGAAAUUAACGAUACAAAAGAAAAUCGAUACGAUGGACUUCCUUCUAACGUGGAAGCACAAACAUUUGAAGAAGGUGAGAAGGCGACUCUAGAGGAGUCAGUCAAAAUACAGCCUGAUUGGAAGCAAGAAUAUGAUAACGAGGGAUUCACAGACGAUUCUGGGCUCUUUAUAGUGAAAUUGUAA